UUUAUAUUUUUGACACAGGAUGUAAAACAGUUCUGCAAAACAACAGCAAACAUGAAGAGGCUCCAAAAAGCAGCCAAAAAGCGCUGGGCGAGACUGGCAUCAGAGGGUGUUCACACUAUUUUGCCCUCCAUGUGGUGCAGCCGAAGGCUGGGCCUCAGGGGUCAGACAUGGGGCUCGAUCUCCAUGUCAGAUAUCCUCUUUCUAGUGGAGUGGAAAUAUGAUGUUGUGACUCACUUUCUUUAUACAGAAAUGCUUCAGGAACACCACACCCAAAGUGUUUGGGAGAUGCUGCUUCCCUGGCAACAAAUAAAGGAAGUGGAGUCACUGGGAACUAUGGCAGAGGAAGCUUUGCAGUCUGAUGACAUGCUGGGCUUGGUUUUCCUGCCUGGAGCUUUCAGGAUUUACAAAACAAGGUGUUCAAAGCUGGACCAGUCCUGGUCAGCUGUUGCUCUCCUGAAGGAGUUACACACUUUGUGUCAACAAGAACAAAAUGAGCUGAUGGUUCUGGGUCAAAGAUUGUGUGAUGAAAGUCUGCAAUUGUUGUGUCUUCACAUCAUUCUGGCGAUUUAUAGAGCUCAGAGGGAGAAAAUUUCCUACAGCGCUCUGCUAGCAUCUCGUCAAUCCUGGGACUCAUGGCCACAAGUUUUCAGGCCUUGCAGAACAGAACAAAUUACUCUGUGGCUACAAAGUGUAGAUGGAGGAGAGGAAGCGGAGGAGCACUUCGAGACACUAGAGCAGAGCACAGAGCUGCAGCUGCUUGUAUUGACUCAAGAAAAGGAGAGGAAGCACCUGCUGAAGUUGGUGUACGGGAUCUCUAUGGCAGAUUUACAGGAGUCAGAUAGGAUGACACCCACAAAAGAAAAUGGUGCUGAUGAUGCUGAGCAAACCUCCUUGAGGGCUGGCUGUAUAAAAAGGCUAAAACAAAUCCAUGCCCAGCUCCAGAGACAAAAUGGACAUGAGAACAACUCAGAUGAAACCAGCAGUCAGAUCAAAAUGCAGAAUGAGGGGUCAGAGCCUCAGCUGGCAGACUGCACCCCACUACUCCUGAGACAUCUGCUGGAACUUCAGGAGGUCCAAGAUUUAGGGCUACUGGAAGUGCUCCUGCACCGGGAUUCAAAGGCUGCUCAAGCUUUUAGAGAACAGUAUGAAGCUGAAAUCAAAACAAAACGCUUCACCAACCUGCACAAUCUCUUAAUCUCAGAUGACCCUCUAACACUUGGCUCCAUGGGAGGUGAAAAUUACAAACACUUUGGACCUCAAACAUCUUGCACAGCUGAAGUUGAAAACAUCUGUGCAGGAUCAGUUCCAGCUACAAUGUCUGACUCAAUCAUUAGAGCCAGCAAGGAAUGUGUCGAAGUCCCAACAACUGAUGGUUCUGUUGAACAGGAAGUCUGCUCAGGUUGUGGGGCGGUUAUAGAGGAGCUGCCAUACCUGGAGAUCUUAUGUGUGCCAGAUGCACAGGUCAGGGCUCAUGUUCCAGAGGCUGGAGUGUGUAGCGAGGAAGAUGACAGUGAAACAAACAGCCAUCAGAGCUUUGAGAAACAGGGAUCCUUGAUCCCCCUUGCUUGGAGCAAACAAACGCAGGAUGAAACAGACUGUAUGGUAGUGGUUGGAGAUGAGGAAGCAGCACAGAGUCAGGACACCUUGGGCAGCAUAGGAAUCCGAGCCCAGUCCAAUCCACUUGAAGAGAAGGCUCAGGAGAAAGAUGGCGAUGAGGCUUCAGCUCAGCACAAUAAUCCAAUCAUAGACCAACCAGAUGAAGUAGAAGCUGUAGCUGAAAAAGAUCCUGAAACCAUGCUGGAUAUCUGCCCACAUGUUUCAAAUGAUUCCUUUGAGUACAGUGAUGAAGGAGCAUCCGACCUCACCGCCAGCGGCAGCAGAGAGAUAACAGAGUCUGAGCUCUGGGAUUUCAGCCGAACAAAACUCCCCAACCAUGAGGAGAUAGAAUCCAGGGAGAAAAAAGAAGAAAUAAGACACCAAGCAGUGGAAAGAGAGAAAACAAUGCGCAACCUGGUGGACAUGCAAAGAAAGUUUGAACAGAGGCAUCAAAGAGACAAAGAGAGACAAAUGUUUAGGGUUCAGGAGCGUCUCUCCAUCAUCCAGAACAGAAAGGCGGAGGAGGAUCUACUUGGCCUCAAACACACAGAAAGGCUAAAGCAUCUGACACAAGACCUACCUCUGGAGGACAAGAUCCAGCAGAAGACUGUUGUUAGAGAGCGAUUAGAGCAGCUCAGAAGGGAGCGCUCCUACAUCAUGCAGUCAAAAAGAGACAGGAAUACGGCCGGAUUUAAGGAACUUCUAGCUCCUGUGGUCCUGCACACCAAAGAGACAGAAGAUGGAGCAAACUGAGAUACAAACAGUUUAAGUAGUUUGAUCCCACUGUUGAUAAAAUCCUUUCUGUAGAACAUGGAAAUUGCUUAGUUCUGUGAGAAACAAAAUUCUUCAGCUUUUUUUUUUUUAUUAUUAACUUGCAUAUCAAUGAGUUGAAUGCAAAAUGUAGUUUUCUUAAGUGUUUCUACAGGAAAACCUAAUCAGAACCCACGUGGCCCUACAUGUUAAAGUUCCUCUUGACUUAAAA